UUGGGAUUUUUUUUCUCUCAAGGAUCUUUUUAUUUUUGUAUUUUUUUUAUUGUAUAUUUCACACGUAGUAAGUGAGAACAUAUGAAGUAGCAUGAAAAGAAUAUUGAUUUGUUAUAACCUAUAAACUCUACUGAGCUUAUUUGAUACUGUAUUUUCAUUAAAAAUUUAGUUUGCUUCUAUUUUUUUCUGUACUUUUAUCAAAGUUCUACACGCAAGCUCAUAAGGGAAUACGAGUCGGGUCUUGAAGACUUCUUUGUAUGAAAGAUUGAAAAAGAGGUAUAGUAAUGCAACGAUUUCAAGGUAUCUCUCAAUUUGUACCGACGAUUUAUGCUUUAUCGACUCCUGUAGGUCGUGCAGCCCUUUCGGUUGUCCGUGUUUCAGGACCUUCUGCCAGUAAGGUAAUUCAAAAAUUGACUGGAAAGGUACCACCUCCGCGCUUGGCAUCUUUGCAAACCAUAAAACACCCUAUACGGUCUCAAAUUGUUGAUAAAGCAUUGAUUCUAUAUUUUCAGAAACCGGCGUCGUUUACCGGGGAAGACAUAGCAGAGUUCCAUUUACACGGCGGUAGGGCAAUUAUUGCUGAAGCAUUGGAUGCAAUUGAGCAAACCAAGUUGCCGAAUUUGCGAUAUGCAUUGCCUGGAGAAUUUUCAGAGAGAGCGUUCUAUAAUGGAAAAACUGACUUGACGCAGUUAGAAGGACUUGCUGAUGCCAUUGACGCUGAAACAGCAGAGCAACUCUAUGCUGUCUCACAACAAGCUCAUGGCGACCUGUAUCGUAUAUGUUUCCAAUGGAAGAAUAAGUUAGUCGAAAGCAGAGCACUUUUGGAGGCUACCAUUGAUUUUUCAGAAGAGCAUGAAUUGGAUCAAAAAGAGUUCGAUCCUAUAUUAAAGGAAAUUCAAAGCUUAACUAUUGAAAUGGAACGUCAUCUGUCCAAGGCAAGACCGACAGAAAUCCUUCGACAAGGCAUUCGAGUAGCUGUAGUGGGACCACCAAAUGCUGGUAAAUCAAGCUUGGUGAAUUAUUUGGCAAAGCGAAAAGUAUCCAUUGUUAAUGAGCAGCCAGGAACCACUCGAGAUGCUAUUGAGACAUUGUUGGAUAUUCAUGGCUUUCCGGUGUUCUUAAGCGACACGGCUGGAUUCCGACAAGGACCAGACGUUCAAGAAAUCGAAAGCAUUGGGAUUGAGGUUGCGAAAGAAAAGGCAGAACAGGCCCAGGUAAUUUUACUUAUAUUACCUUCUGAAACCUGGACCGGAGAAUCAUGUGUUUUAGAAAGCGAAAUUUUUGACCUUAUCGAAAAUUUUAAAGCUCAGAAGCAACAUGUUCAUGUGCUGUUAAAUAAAACCGACCUCGUUCAGGAAGCGUCUGAAGCAGCGGGCCCGGUGCGCAAAUUCCUGCAUCAGGCGCUUAACAUCCCAUCAUCACAUAUCCACGAGGUGUCUAUUAAAAGUGAAAAGGGUCUUGAACAAACACUCGAUGCGCUGGCAUCAUCAUUCCGAAUUAUUUCACGUGUGCAGACUGAGAACAACGGUGACACUGGAUAUGGCUGGAAUCAACGUCAAAGAGAAGCAUUAAAAGAAUGCAUAAAACAUUUAAAGAUAUCCCUUAAUCAUGCUUCCGACGUGGUCAUAAUAGCAGAAGAAAUGAAACUUGCGACUGAUGAAAUUGGUCGUAUUACUGGAGCAGUGAACGUUGAAAGUUUGUUUGACAUUAUUUUUUCUAGGUUUUGUGUAGGAAAAUGA